UCGUUUAAGAUCACAUCACAAAACGUUUCUAAACACUUUGACACGUGACCGGAAGUGUUUUUAAAACCCGUCUCGGAACGUUGUUCCGAUGCAGUGAGUGUUGAAUGUGUCGGGACAGUAUCGACACCGUAGUACCGAGUGGAAAAUCAGUAGGGCUUCGUCCCAAGCGUCAUCAACAAACAUGGCGGACGCCACAACACCAGGCGUGUCAGCCCCUCAUCCUGAAAGAUGUGCAUUUUAUGUGGAAAGGAAAAAACGGUUCUGUAAAAUGCAAGUUGGAAGUGGAAGAAGGUUUUGUGGGGAGCACGCACAUGCGGAAAAGGAAAGCAAGAAAAGAAGAAUAUCAUGUCCUCUUGAUCCAAAACAUACUGUAUUUGAAGACCUUUUGGAAAAACAUCUGAAAAAGUGCAACUCAAGAGAGAAGCCCAGACCUGUUUAUUAUGUGCAAGAUAUUAAUGCAGGACCAGCAUGUGAUGAAGGCAGUUCCAGGUGUGAGGUGCCUUUAACAGAUCGCAGCAAAACAGAGUUGGACUUGCUUUUGAAAAAACUGAGGAGUGCAGUGAAAGGAUUAAAAUUGGAACAUCAGGAUAGCAUACUGUCUCACCCUUCUCUCAUUGAAGCUUUGAAUGAUCCAAAUAAUGGUGACUUUGCAUGCAAACACCUCAAGCAACAGGCAUCCCUUUUAGGAAACAUGGAGGCCUUAAACCUACUUGGACCCAAUCAGUGUUUUGUCGAGUUCGGAGCUGGAAAAGGAAAACUGUCCCACUGGAUACAUGUGGCCUUGAAAGCAAAUGACAAUAUUCAUUUUCUACUUGUUGAGAGAUCAAGUUCUCGUUUCAAGGUUGACGGCAAACACCAAAGUACUGAUGCAAAAUUUCAAAGACUACAAGUCGAUAUUCAACACCUGGAUUUAAGCAAAGUUCCCAUCCUCGGAGAAAAUGGACUUCCAGUGGUUGGCAUGGGUAAACACUUGUGUGGUGCAGCAACAGAUCUCGCUCUAAGGUGUCUGCUGGAGAGAUCAGGGAAAACUCAUCACGGGAUGGAUGACCAGCCACCCAGAAAAAAAAAAAAAAUUCUGCCUCUACCCAUAGAGGACUUAGAACCAGAUGACAGAGCUUUGAAUGGCGAGGUAAAAGUAUCUGGAAUAGCCAUUGCCUUAUUCAAGUCUUUUAUUUAUCUCGCUCUAAGGUGUCUGCUGGAGAGAUCAGGGAAAACUCAUCACGGGAUGGAUGACCAGCCACCCAGCAACGGGGUAAAAAAAAAAAAAAUUCUGCCUCUACCCAUAGAGGACUUAGAACCAGAUGACAGAGCUUUGAAUGGCGAGGUAAAAGUAUCUGGAAUAGCCAUUGCCUUAUGCUGCCACCAUCGCUGUGACUGGAGGCACUAUGUGGGAAAGGAGUUCUUCAGAGAGCGAGGAUUAGGUGCUUCAGAAUUUGAUGCUUUUCAGCGCAUGUCAAGCUGGGCUACUUGCGGUAUGAGAAAGGCCAAAGAGAGUCCUAUGCAGCCAUGUCAAAGUGACCAUACUACUGAGAAGUCAACUAAGGGAGAGGAUGGAAACAUCUUGCAGGAAAUCUUAUCAAUUGAGGAUCGUGAACACAUCGGCAGCCUCUGCAAACUGCUAAUUAACCAAGGACGGGUUCACUUUCUGGAGCAAAAAGGAUAUACAUCCAGUCUGCGCUACUAUACCAGCAAAGAUGUGUCUUUAGAAAAUGUGUUGCUUACUGCAUUACCUACCUUUCCACAGUGAGGUGGCAGCGUGCUUGUGCAAUGACAUAUUUGGCAAUAUGACUAAACUAAUUUUAAGAACAAAACCUUCUUUACCUGAAACUUCAGAACUUCAGUUGAACAAAGUUCUGUCUCUGAGAACCAGUGCCAGUUCACCCGUCAAAUAUCCUGUUUACACCAAAUUUCAGCUGAAGCAUACCACACCGUUGAAGUGUAUAUGUAUGCUGUUGUUUGUCCAAAGUGUUGUAAAGGCACUAAAUGUAACAAAUGUAUUCUGCAUUUACAGCAUACAUUCCAUAAACUCUUAAUGGUGGGAAAAUACUACAGAAAUUUAAAACCCAAGUGACAAAAGGAAUACAUUCUAGCCUUUAAUGUUUAGAAGGGUGCAUUUGACACUUUCUAUAGACCCUGUUAUUUCACUCUGUUACUGGUUGUAUAUUUUUAUUUUGACCAUUGUAGAGUUUUAUUGGGGGGAGUUACCUUGCUUGUUUGUCAACUUAUGGAAACUAAAGUAAAAAUUAAGUAAAAUAUGAAAACUGUGCCCCCAAUUCUUGUCUGAACUCCAACUCUUUAAUCCAGCUUGAGUUUGAUUGACAGUGGUAUCACAAAAUAUGCCAAGGAGGAAAUCAUGCCGCACAAGAGGCAAUUGACCUUUCAAGUAUGCCAUGCCCACCUUAGUUACCGUUGUUAGUCCGUCAAUCUUCAAAGUUGCUUCUUUGUAUAGCAGGUACGACUGUAAACUGCUGUAUUGUAGCAUACUGUACCGGUCUUUUUGGAAUCCACCAAUUGUAUUUAGAAUAUUACCUCCAGAUCGAGGGGAAAUGGAUUGCAAUAUACAGUGAAUAUAUUCAGAAUAUUAAAAUCAACAAGGAAGGGGGCAUUUGGGGCGGAUCUGGAAAAAUACUCAAGGGGUGGCAAGAGGGUGGCAGGAGAUUUUGAGGGGUGGCAGAAGUGUGUGUGAUAAAAAUGAAAAAGGUUCAUGUUGUUGAAAAGCUAUUGUCUUUGGAAAUGUGUAAUUUGUUGUUGCUCCCUAAACAUACACGUUGUUUAGGCAGCCAAAAUCAUUUGCUAAGCGGCCAGUCUUAGCGGUGCUAAACACCGGUUAAAAUAAAACAAUACUGGGCGUCCGACUGUUGAAUAUUGAACUUCAGACUAACUUAACCACGUCUAUGGAAGUUUAUUAGACUCUUUAUUCAAAUGGAGAUGCAUUUAUUAAAUGGCAAUUCAAUGUGCCAAUGACAUUGCAAUCCGCAAUUCAGUUUGUAUUAUUUUGAAUAAAAUUAUAAACGCUUAUUGCAUUGCAUUUCUGUUACGUACGCCUCCCGAAAGAAGGAAUGCAACACCCCUCUGCGCAUAAGAACCCCUGGACCGGACGGUGGUAUAUGGAGUCGAGGUGCAAAGUGAGGGAAGCAAGGCCAACUCUGUCUUCAAACAGUUAAUUAACUGCCAAACAAACGUACAGGGGGAAAAGGGGCUGGGCACGACCAAACAAAGAAAGCAAAACAAUAGUUUCUGUCCCUACCUUAUCACAGCACUUACCCUAACUAGCACCGUAGCUCUGGCGCUCUACACAAAAAUAGAGGGGUUGGUCGGCCUAGGUCUUACCUAGUGUAUAUAGACGGUCAGGUUAUCCUGCGGGUAGUGUAAGCCCCGGGGCCUCUUGCCUAAAGCAUGUGGCUUUCCCCUUUCCCCCUGGAAACAAAAGCAAAAGGUGUUAACUCAAACGAUGGCUAACAACAACGAACAAUGUUCAACACAGACCAACAUAGACAGCCAAGCUCCCUAGCUGGUCAACCACUGGGGCUUAAACAAGGCACAUCACAGCUGCAGCCACUG